AUGUCUUCCAGCACUACCGCAUUCUUUGGCGCUAGCGCCGGCGUGGGCCUCUCGGCCCUCAAGCACGCCCUUGCCGCCGGCAAGAACUGUGUCGCCCUCUGCCGCACCCCUUCCAAGCUCAGCAGUGUCUUCCCCGAAGAGCCCAGGUUGCAGAUCAUCCAGGGCAACGCGCACGACGUCGAUGCCGUCAAGCGCUGCAUCGUCAAGCCCGACGGCGCCCUCAUGGACGAGAUCGUCUCCACCAUCGGCGGCAAGCCCGUCCUCUCCAAGCUGUCCAUUGACGACCCGGAGGUCUGCCGCAAGGGCAUGGCCACCCUCCUCGACGCCCUGGCCCAGGCCCGCGCCGGCGGCGCCACGGGGCGGCCCCUCAUCGUCGUCUGCAGCACCACAGGCAUGUCGCGCUUCGGCCGCGACAUCCCCUACGCCAUGUACCCGCUCUACCACAUCGCGCUCAAGGUGCCGCACGAGGACAAGCGCAUCAUGGAGGACCGCCUGGUCGAGAGCGGCGAGGAGUUUGCCAUUGUCCGCCCGAGCCUGCUGGCCGACGGCGAGACCGACAAGGUCGUCAGGACGGGUAUCGAGGACCCCAAGACGGGCCGCGAGUCCAACGCCAUCGGCUACACCAUUACGAGGCAGGACGCCGGCAAGUGGAUCGCCCAGAACUUGUUGCUCAAGCGCGAGGCCAGGCACAUCAACAAGAUCACCAUGAUCACGACCUGA